CACAGGGACACGAUAAGGAGCAUCUGGGAAUGACAGCUGCCUCAAGUAAAGGAAAAAGGAACCAGUGAGUAGCAGUAGAAGGUGCUCUACUGUGUUUUGUUUAUUCAUCAAACCCUCUUCUGAGUAGUUUAUGAAGUAAAUGGAAAAUAAUAAUAGUUUUCCCCUUUAUUUCAACCUCACCAUGUUUAUGAACUUAGGCAGUUACCGCUACCCAGCAUUUGCCCUGUGUCUCCUGUUGUAUGCUUCUAUUGUCUCAGCUAAUCUUGUCAUAAUAUUUGUAAUAGCACGGCAGAAAAAUUUGCACGAGCCCAUGUAUAUUUUUGUUAUGUGCCUCUCGAUUAACUCUUUUUACGGCUCUACUGGCUUCUUCAUCAGAUUUCUCCGAGACCUUGUGUUUGAUACUCAUCUGAUCUCAAGGUGGGCGUGUUUUACUCAGAUCUAUGUCAUUUACACCUAUGCAUCCUAUGAGCUCACCAUUUUAGGCGUCAUGGCUUAUGAUCGGUAUGUUGCUGUGUGUCAACCUUUACAUUACCACAACAAAAUGACCUUGAAGAUGGUCUCUAAGCUGAUAGCCUUAGCGUGGAUCUGUCCAGUCACUGUGUUCGCCUGUGUUUAUCUCGCCUCCAGACUUCCUCUGUGUGGAAAUGAGAUACCAAGGGUAUUCUGUGCAAACUGGCCUGUUGUAAAACUGUCAUGUGUGUCUACUGCGCUCAAUAACCUCAUGGGUAUGCUUGCGACCACAAGCACUGUCUUUCUGCCCUUUGCUUUUGUGCUGUAUACGUAUGUACGCAUUUUUCUGGUGUGUCGAAAACGCUCUUCUGAGUUUAAGAGCAAAGUCAUACAAAGCUGUCUGCCACACAUUGUUACUUUCGUCAAUUACUCCAUCGUUGUGUUUUGUGACAUUGCCCUCAGCAGGAUUAAUGUUGAGGAGCUGAAUCCAUUUCUGGGUGUAAUUCUGUCACUGGAGUUUGUUGUGAUUCCUCCCAUUCUCAACCCUCUUGUGUACGGUCUGAAGUUACCUGAAAUUAGAAAACCAAUCUUAAGAAUGUUGUCAUGCUGCUGCAUGUUCGCUCACACAGUAAACAUCAGAAAUAAGAGAAACACAGUCUCCCCGUCCUGAUGUGAAUUAUUGUUGACUGAGGCCUUUUAAUAGAAACACUCAUAACAGAUGCAAUAAUGUCAUAAUAAACAGUGUAUCUAUAUGUAUACUUGCUCUGUAAAUUAAAUCAUUUUAAGGUGUGUUUUUUUAUGUCAAUUGAUUUGAAUAAAAAUGGAACCAAAGGUAACAAAAACAUUCUCUUGUGAGUGUUUAAAUUGUGAUAAGUAAACGUAUUUUAUGUUAUUGUGAAAAGAACCAAGAUAAGAUUUUCUUUGCUUAUUUUUGAUAUUCUUUUCCUUAAGGUAUAUGUUAUCCCUUUGUCCUACAAGUUUUGUAUAUGUGGCUCAUCUGAUGUAUGUCUUAUAAUACAUUAAUUAGUAUCUAAUAUUCUGGGUGUCACUUUAUUUUUAUAGUCUAU